ACGGCUCAACGUGAUUAUUCCUUGGGAGCAAGAGGCGCGCACGCCGAGCACCGGGGCACGGUCACGAGGCGCACUCGCUGGUGCAGCGCUUCGUAGUAUCAACGGGGAAAUAUAGGAAUAGCAGUGGCUCGUGCUGCAAAGAGUCAGUCUGUCGAGACGCUGUUGGCUCGUUUUGUUGGCCAAUGCUUUGUUACAUUGAAAAGUUGUAAGCAAGAUAGAGUGGACAAAGGCGUGUAUUCGACCUGCAGGAGUUACGAUUCAAGAGAUUCGUACUCUACACUCCCUGCCAAGUACCCAUCUCAACAUCUGAAACUUGGGGCACGUCAAAGAUAGACUGAUAAGUGUGCAGCGCCCUUCAUAGAGCAGGGUGCGAAACAGCCUUGCAAAAAACUCUCAGCGUUCUGACCAUCAAGGAAGUUGACUGGAACACAGCUAUUGGUCAAGCUAACGAUGACAACCUGAUGACAGCCCAAACCAAGAAUCGUAACAAAUCUGACGGCAAUCCGGCACAUGGUCAAACAAGGACACAAAGAACGAAUUUCACAAAGUCGGGGAAAGCCCCAAGAACAACCCCAGAUACUCAAAUAUUACCCGUUGUCGAUAAUGUCUUUAACCAACCACAAUCCUGACAGGAGCUAAACGAGCACCAACGAAUCUCAAAGAAUCUGGCAACAGCCAACCAGGAACAACGAGAGCUCAAAGAACACCAAUUGACAACCUCACAACAUCAAUGCAAUAGCAAUAGCUCAUGACCAAUCGAUCCUUUUAUUUUGAUUUAAAAAAUCAACACAAGAACACAUCUAUCAAUGACAAUCUAAGAACAGUCUAAUGUCAACUACAAGAAUAUUCUGACCAGAAGAACCCCUGAACAAUCAUAGAACGCAAACAUAUUUUCAUCACUGACACUAUUAACAGCCCAGGAGUUACAAAUAACUCGCAGACCACCCGCAGCACAUGGCUAUCUGACGACAACAUCAAUUAGCACGUACAACCAAUACGGAGCAAUCUGACGGCGUUUCUAAAUCCUCACCACCACCACUAACGACUAUCCAAAGAGCAUCCAACAAAAAAAAAACAGCCUAACGGUAGACCACCCAUCAAUCGUGAUAUUACAAGGAGCGAUAUUACCAGACUACACAACCAAAGACCAACCAACCCCCCCCCCCCCUAAAAAUCUGCACAACCUGAGCAGCAGCAACAGCGAGAGGGAUUAUUUCUGGCUGCAGCUUGUAAAAUGGCGAUUCACGUGGCUGGUCUGAUAGCCAUCAUCAUUUUCUAUGGCAUUAUCCUGGCUGUGGGGAUCUGGGCCGCAUGCCGAACCAAGAACGUCGGCGUGGGCGAGGGGAUGGAGCGCAGCGAGGCCAUCAUGGUGGGCGGCAGAGACAUCGGCCUGCUCGUCGGCGUGUUCACGAUGACGGCGACGUGGGUGGGAGGUGGAUACAUCAACGGGACGGCAGAGGCGAUCUACCUGCCCAGCUCUGGGCUCGCGUGGGCACAAGCUCCCUUCGGAUACGCCAUGAGUCUCGUUCUUGGAGGCCUCUUCUUCGCCAAGCCAAUGCGCUCGCGGGGCUACGUGACGAUGCUCGAUCCCUUCCAGCUGCUCUACGGGAAACGCAUGGGUGGCCUGCUCUUCCUGCCUGCGCUCUGCGGAGAGAUCUUCUGGUCGGGCGCCAUCCUGUCUGCCCUGGGAGCGACGCUGAGCGUGAUCGUGGACAUCAACAUCGACAUGGCCGUGGUGGUAUCGGCCUGCAUUGCGGUGCUCUACACGCUUGUGGGAGGGCUCUACUCCGUGGCCUACACGGACGUCGUGCAGCUUAUCUGCAUCUUCCUGGGCCUGGGUCUCAGCGUUCCGUUUGCCCUGAUGAACCCGGCCGUGAGCAGCAUCUCGGAAACGGCUCACGCGUCCGACACGCAGCCCGGCUGGCUGGGCAGCGUGGAUCCGCGUGACGCCUUCAUCUGGGUGGACAACUACCUCCUGCUCAUGCUGGGCGGAAUCCCAUGGCAGGUUUACUUCCAGCGUGUUCUGUCCGCGUCGUCAGCUGCCUACGCACAGGUGCUGUCCUACCUGGCGGCAUUCGGCUGCCUUGUGAUGGCUGUGCCCUGCAUCAUCAUCGGUGCUGUGGGAGCCUCGACGAACUGGAACGAGACGAGCUACGGCCUGCCUGACCCCAAGGCUCGCAAUGAGAGUGACAUGAUCCUGCCCAUCGUGAUGCAGCACCUGUGCCCCGAGUACAUCUCCUUCUUUGGCCUGGGCGCCGUGGCGGCAGCCGUCAUGUCCUCUGCCGAUUCCUCCAUCCUCUCUGCCUCCUCCAUGUUCGCUCGCAACAUCUACAAGUUGGCCGUGCGACAGCAGGCCUCCGACACGGAGAUUGUGUGGGUAAUGCGGAUCACCGUCUUCUUCUUCGGUUUCGCCGCCACAGCCUUGGCCCUGCUCGCCAAAUCCGUCUAUGGCCUCUGGUAUCUGAGCUCGGACCUGGUGUACGUCAUCCUCUUUCCGCAACUAAUCUGCGUGCUCUUCAUCAAGGGCGCCAACACGUAUGGCUCGAUCACAGCCUACGUGGUGGGCCUGCUCUUCCGCAUCAGCGGCGGGGAGCCCUAUCUGCACCUCGACCCGCUUAUAUGCUACCCGGGCUGCUAUGUCACCGACUUUGGGCAGGGCCCCGUCACCGUGCAGCGAUUCCCGUUCAAGACGCUCUCCAUGCUUGUGUCCUUCCACGUGAACAUUGCCGUCUCUUACCUGGCCAAGUACCUGUUCGAGAAGGGACACCUGUCACCGCGCUUUGACUUCCUCGAUUGCGUCGUCGCCAUGGACAGCCGCGAGACGCUGGAGAAGGCCACACUGGUGCGGGGUGGCUCUGCCUACCCCAUGGACGCGAGCGAUGGGGCCGUGGGUCCAGCGGCGGCCGUGGCUGCGAUGGCCGGAGGAGGAGGAGGUGGCGGUAGCGGUGGCUUGCUCAUGGCCGAGUUAGCGCCGGCCGUUUUGGCGAGCGUCGGGGGGGCGGUGCUGCUGCAGACGUCGGCGGCGGCGGGGAGCGGCAGUGGCGGCGGACGGGCCCGGUUUGCGAGGUCUCGCCGAGGCCCUGAGUUGGUGGCAGCAGCGGAGGCCGCAGCGAACGACAGCAGUAACAGCGACGGCAGCAGUGGAGGAGGAGGGGGGGUGCUGAGUUCUGCAUCGUCUCCCGAGGAGAUCUCCCACAGCGUGCCACGCUGAGGCCUCGUGAGGGCCCAAACGUGAAACGUGAAUGAAAAAGUGAUGAGGUGGCGGUGGCGGGGCAGAGCAAAUCAGUAGAAGGUGGAGCACAAUGGUCAACCACAUUCUAGCCCUAACCCUAACCAACAACCUAACCUGGCCUAGGCCUAACCCUGACCCUGGUGCCCACACGUUUUGUUCAUUUUUUUCACGUUUGGUCUUUUACAGAAUGGGUCCUCCACAGCCUCCUCUUCUUCAACAAUCGAGAUCACCCAAAUAUAUAAUUUACCCUUCGAGCAAUCGCGUAUAACCGUCUUGUUGAGCGCGCAUCUCCGCACAUUUAAUACCAUCUCGGAAUGGUCUGCACAUGUUUAAUGCUCAGUAACGUCAUCAAGUGCUGCUUCUUUAAACGCUCUUUCAUCUCUAGACAUAGCACCCUCGUUACUAACUGCGAGGUCCAUCUAGUUUCACAUCCUACUCAGUCUAGACAGCCUUCCAUCUUCGGUCACUGCUGCUUGCCCUUCCAGGUCAGGACUUCCAAGACACUACAAAUCUCCAAAUUUCGACUAAAAACGUAACUGUUUAAAUGUCUUUCUGUAGUUAUUUUCAAACGUCUUUCUCACUUCCUCUUUCUUUGGUUGAUGUUAACUAUUUUCACCUUUCCAUGCAUAGUGCCCUGAGAACGAUUGUUUUAAGGGCGCUUUAUAGAUGUAAAGUAUAUCAAGUUUAAAUGCUUAAUGCAAACAGUCCGCCUCAAUGGUAAACGAUGCUUAAUAUUUCAAAGUAAAACCUGUUCUUAAAACAUUUCUGGAGAGUAUCUCGAAUGAGUACAGUCUAUGUUUAAAAAUAGUUUCCCCUCUUAAUGGACUUCGCAACACGACAAAAAGCUCUUGCCUACUAGCGACGCAAUGGGUGCGUAAUGAGCCACCUGAACUGCCCUCUAUCACGUCCGCCAGCAAGUUUAUGAAAUUGGCAAACUUUAGCAUCCCGAUUCACGAAUCUACAAUUUUUAUUUAGUUUUUUUCAAAUGCUACUUCAUUGCAUUUUUUUCUCUCAAUGUUUCGGUAAAAUUUCGUACUACUUAACCUACUAAAAUAACGUAAUAUGUAUCUCGAACCAAAUAUUGGCACGUGCAUAAACGCUCAUUUAAUGAAGUUGGCCAAACAUCCCAAUAUAGGAUGGCAAAGCUUGGGCAAUUAUAUGUGCACCGUUUCCGGCUUCUUUUCCAAGUGCUUGUCCGUGUUUUUUUUCCUGUGCCUCCAAGCGAACAAAAAUCUGUGCGCGUUACAAAAUCUACAGCAGAGUGUGGGCUGCACUUUGCGCUAAAUAGUGCCGCUGUAUAAAAAUAAGACAUUGGUAUACGUAUACACUUUGUAAAUAAUUGAUUCUCUGCACAAAGUGAUACACCGAUCAAAAGCCUUGGAGUAGAUGUUAAUUGAUGAACCAAUGCAUUGAUGAACCAAUACAUACAGUAUAUAGUUUAUACAGUACGGUACUGUAAAUUGCUCUGUUUUGCUAAAUUAUCACCAUUCUUUAAGACUCCUGGGUAGACUAGGCCAUUUUUGACUUGCGAUAUUUUCAACUUACGAUGGGGUCGUCGUAACGCAUCUCCAUCGUAAGUCGGGGACUACCUGUAUAUCUACAAGACAAGAGCUCUUUGUGUUUCGUGGCUUGUCUUCCUGUACCUACGCACUCGUACAUAUAUACACACAGCUCUGUGUAAAGUAGUGACAUGUCUUCGUCUUCCCAUGCCUCUUGGGAAGAUUAUAGUCUCGUGGCUCUGGCCACUUACGUGAUGUGUGUUCGUGUUACUGUGAAAUUAAUCGCAUCGGAAACGAUCCGUCAUCCGUGUUGUCUUAUCAAAACCGCGACGUGGACUUUUGCACCAAAAAGAGAUGAACACCUCGGGAUACCACCCGUCCAGUUGUCCCACACAUCCUGAACAGUCUGGGAAUUGGGGUUUGUGUUCGGGUCGUGCAGGAACCGACUUGUAUCAAGACCUGGUACAAGUUUUUCUGUGUUGCACUUUAUUACAGUAACCUGCACAGUUCUGAGAAUAGGCCCGAGUGCUGACUUGAGAGAAUAUGUAUAGGUAUGGUCUGUGGUGGAAUAGGUGACAGCCAAAGUGCACUGGCUGAUACAAGCUUCAUCUUAUCAAGUAAUUGUUUUCAUGUUUUCAAGUGCAUAUUAAAGGUUUUUGGGUUAGAUUACAAAAAUGUGUCGUUAAACCCGCCACCACCCAACAGCCAAUUAGUAAGGUUUGUCACGUAAACAAAAUAUUACAAUUAGUUCCUAGUUCAGUACACCAGUGUGUUGGAGAGGAAACCCACAACAUUUACAAUUUGUGUACAGUAUUUCGCCGGUAAUUACAACCAAUCUCAUCAGGCGACAGCCAGUUGUGGAGAAAUACUCCUGUUUUGGUCUUAAAUAGUGAGAUAAAUGUGAUGUCAUCACUUGGAUCCAAUCAGGUGCGAAGACCAGAGGGGGGGGGGGGGUGUUAACGUAUUAAUAUCAAUUACUAUUAUUGGUUGUGUUACUACCAACGAAAAGUGACUGGUACUGGAAUUGCAAGUGUUGUGGGUUUACUCUGCAAUACUGGUGUGCUGCAGUAGUAACUAAGUAGCAUGUUUUGUUUACCUGACAAAUCUUAUUAAUUGGUUAUCGUAUGGUGGCAGGUUUAACGACACAUUUAUAUUUACCCGAUAUAACCAAAAAACCUCUUAUGGAUAUUUGGAGCGAAAGCCCUCGUGUUUUCAAAUGGUUUACACGUUCAUUAAGCGAAUAAUUAUUGGACAUCCUCAGCUUCUUACAUUAAUGACUUUGUGUCAUAUAUCUCAUAGCUUCCAUCGUGACCGCGUAUAUUUUAUUUACACAGUGACUGUAUUUGUAUGGGCUCAGAGGACCGGGGCGUUAGAAAAUCAAGGAGAAACAAUUAUCUUGCCUUAGACACAGUGCUGAUGGGGUAAAUAACUUGGAGGGUGUGGGAGUGUAGCGUGUCUAGAAAUAAUCAUGAGCGUCGCUGUGGAGAUUACAAGUAACACAAUGUAUAUGCAGAUAAUUCACCUCCUUCGAGAAGCUGUCCCUGCACAUUAAAAAAAAAAUUGCCGAUGAAACACUGUCAAAACCGGUCCCGAGUUUGCUUGUGUUAAGCCGAUGCUGCUGAAGUGAUGUGCUCCCCAGCAGGUCAAUUAUAGACACGGGGAGGGCGCGCAUUGCCCACUUCGUUAUGUCUUACAACAUGAGGUCUUCAUGGUUCACGGCAUUGGUUCAACACAAGCAUAGUCUCCACCGGUUACGACAUUCGGUGUCUUAUCAGCAGGGUCAGGAUUGCUUGCACCGAUGUAUGUAUGUAUGUGAACUUCUUUCGCACUGUACGUAGACAACCGUGCUAAUUUGAGGUGCGGGGAAGGACAACUAAACACAAAAAGCAGUUCUAUAGAAAUGCGCUUUCAAUCUAGUUGAUUCAAAAGUGUAUAGCUACAGUGGCUUCUAAUAUCGGAAGAGCGUCCCAGACAGCCGCAGAAGCGCAUCUGAAAGCGCGCGAUGCGGUGACCGUCUGUGAUGGGACUGCUUGAUGAACUGUCAGGCUAUUCUAGGCGGGGCCAUCUUUGUUAGAUGUGGGUCCUAGUUCCGGUUCAAAACGCAAUAAUGCACAACACAUUAAUAAGCGUCGUUGUAGAGAAUGUCAGCUACAAAAUAAAUAAUGAGACCAUGCUGUAGUAGCGAUGGGAAGGGGCAGGGUGAGUGUUUGAAUGCCGUCACACUCGAGUUACUGCUUCUUAAUUGCGAGCGGCUGCACCUCGUGGCAGCCUCGACCCAGUGCCCCCGGGCACGCGCUGAUUGAGCCGCCGCCUCGCGUGGGGAGAUCGCUUUCGGGGGCUGACGUCGAGUAGUGAAUGGUGGUGGUGGUUGUGAACGGCCGUAAAACAGUGGGAUUGGUGGAUCAUGCUGGCAUGAUGGUGAUUACGGUGACAGCAAUGAUGGUGGUGGAAAUAUGUGUGGUCGUGGUGUUGCCGAAAUUGACAAUGAAGAUGGUGAUAAAAAUAGUGGCCGUAAUAAAUUCGCAUCAAAACGGUGGUGUAAACAAUGGUGAUGAUAGCGAUAGUGGUGAUUAUGAUGGCGUUCAUGAUUGAGGUGGUAGUCGUGAUGGUGAUGAUUAUGAUGGUGGCCGUGGUGACAAUAACGGGGAUGAUAGUAAUGAUUGUGAUGGUUGAGAUGGUGAUAAUUGCACUGGUCAACACACUUUUUCUGGCAUAAGGUAUUCCAACGGUUUAAAUGUAAUUUUGGGGUGCUGAUUCCAAAUCUGGCAUCAGUUUUUGUCUAUCACAUCAGGUUUUUGAGAUAUCAAAUAUUUCAUUUUCAAUUAAAACUGCAGAAGAAAAAUAUUAAAUAAAUGUGGAUAUCUACAUAAAAUGAUAUUAUAAACACACUAUCCUAAAAAUACAGCACCAUAUUUUAACACUAAAGCAGUCACUGACUCGCAACAACUUGCAAUCAUAACUGACAGAGUUAAUUUCGGGUAAAAUCAAUUAAAAUGGGGUAUGCCGAUAGCAUAAAAUGAGAUGUGAUAGAGCAAAUCUGAGAUCAGAUUUGGAAUUAGCACCCUGAAAUUAGUCUAAAACAGCUGCAAAAGUCCAGGCCAGAAAAAACGUUUUUUUUGUUGACCAGUGUUAUCAGAAUAUGGCAGAUGAUGAGGCAGUACACAAAGUAGGUUCUCUACAGUUGAGAAUUCUCCCACAUGCAAAAUAACUUUCAAAUAAUAUUAAACGCCGAUCGAGCAGAAUCCCUAGACUCCGCGAUGCUUUCUCCUUGGUAAAUUUUUCCAAAUAUAUAUAUUUAAAUAAUUCUAUAUCGACAAUUGUAAAAAUAAAUUCCCAUGGCAGGAGCAGUCUCCCUAUGCAACAAUUAUCGUGUUGACUUACAAUAUAGUACUCUAUAAACUCCCAAAGAGUUAUGAUGGGCUGAGUUCAGUGCACAGGUAUCUGUCUCCUUACUAACACAGCGGUCCUCUUGCUCUCAAAGUCUAGCCCCUUGCGAUGACGUCGACACCCUCCACUGACUCAGGGCCAGAAAUAGAGACAAGCACAGGCUUCAUUGCUCAUAUAGGCAGAGACACCUCCUGCUGUGACGUCGCCACAGUUGUUGCCGACAGCAAAUGAGGUUGGCAAGGUUGUUGCCGACAGCAAUGAGGUAACCACAGUUGCUGAUAGCAACAGCCGCCGUUCACACAAAGUGGCGGUGGCGUCGCCACGACGCUUGUGGCAUGCUCGGUGCACUUUGGGGCGGCUGACACACACCCCCACGUGUAACGCGUAUCCAAGCACAACAGGAGAAUGGAUAGCCAGCUGCCACAGUGGUGCAAUGGGCAGCACACUUGAUUUGUAACUGAAAUCGCGCCGGUUCGAUUCCAUCUCCAGGCGUGGCAGCUGAAGCAAUCAACAGUAUAAAGAGUUAUGUCAUGCGUGGCGGGGUAGAGUGUGAGCAUGCCUUGCUCUUCCAAGACGGCUGAUCAGCAUGGAAGAGUAGACCAAAACACCACUGUCGAGUUCCCUCUCGUAGUCGAGGCAUUUCCGUCAGCAAUGGCAAGGCUGUGCCUGUACUGAGAAACUGAAGGCACUCCGUGCAUCCAUUACAAACAUCCCACUGGGAACGGUUACCGGUUUACAACGGUUCUCGUUGAACAACCCUGCUAUGUGCAAAAGCACCGAUUAUCGAGGAGCUCUAUCGCCCUUGGCUGUGUUACUUUGUAAGCGCGACGGAAUCUCGUCUUCAAUCUGCCCCUCCUGCAUCACUCUCGAGUCAUUGUCCUCGUGAUUAUGGCUACCGUGGUUUCCGUGAGGCGCGAUCCAUAGGCGUGUGCCUGACUCGAGUUUCGAGGCGCAAGUCUUGAACAGUUUGGAGAAGUCUACGAUCAUCAUCUAUCACUCGACAUUCCUACAGAUCGUGCCUGCCAAUCCGCACUAAUUUUGACAAGCUACCAUCGAUUGGUAGCCACUGUAAUCUGCGAGCUCAGAUAUCUGGCUUUCUAACUGAUUGGCCGAGAUAUGCGGGAGUUCAUGGCAGCUAUCUAAUACCUUCACCAUGAACUAUUAGCAGCACACAUUCUGCCGAAGUUGGAAUCCUGUUACCGUUGUCAUAUCUUGGGGUCAAUCACCAAAUGUAUACCUCGCUGCAGGUGGCAGAACUUAAGAGUACAGCAGGAGUCAGGAUUAUGUAUGACCCAGCACUUAUUGAUUCGCUCCAGUCACUCACUGAUUCAGAGGUGGUAAAUCACCUCCUCCGCUAUCACUACUACCGUGGUUACCGUCUCCGUAAACGUCAUUCAUUGACUCCUCAAUUUUGAGGACUCGGCCUACCAGACUAAUCGUCUCAUCCGCACUGUAUUCAUCCACCUCCACACUGCGGGUCACAACAACACACUCAUCACACUGCAGGUCACAACAAUACUCACCCAAUCACUCACGCACUGGCUCACCCAUUCACCACACUGCAGGUCACACCAACACACUCAUCCACCCACUCAUCACAAUGCAGGUCACAACACGCACCCACUCACUACACAGCAGCUCACCCACUCACCACACUGCAGGUCACAAUAACACACUCACCUAAUCAUUCACCACACUGAAGGUCACAACAACACAAUCACCCACUCACUCACUCGAUCACUCACCACACCGUAGGUCACAGCAACACACUCACUCACGCAAUCACCCAAUUCAUCACCCACUCAUCAAAUUGCAGGUCACCUCACUUCAUAUUCUACUUCUGCCCACACACUGCUCCACUGUGGAAUAUUCCCCGAGCUUUUAUAAUAACGAGCCUCUUAUAUAAUCACUCAUAGCUAACCUUGCUCAAUUCAAGAAUCGUGCCACACUAUCAUAUAUUACGUUGAUAGUGCUGUUGCUGGCCACGUGACGUUUUGGUCCUGUGUUUAACAACUGUAUUCACAUUAUAUACACGGACAUAAACAUAUAUAUACACACAGCGUUUGGUUUUGCUUAGCCGAUGUGUGUCAAAAUUAUGAACUGUGCUUCAUUAGCUUGGAGAGUGUUGUCUUUGGUUCCAGUAAAUAUAAGU